CGUGUAGGGUUAAGUAAGUGUCUCCCUCUCUACCUAUAAAUAUGUGUCUAUAAACCCCUAAAUUCACUCGCACUCUCAGCACUUUCACUUACCUCAAAACCGCUUCCUAAAACCAUAAGCUGUUUCCCGACAAAACCUAUUUCCUUUCGAUACUAUCCAAGAGUUACUCCCAUAUUUCAUCGACAAUAAAAAGAGUGAGCCAAAGAUGGAGUGAUAGAUCAAGCUAGCAACGGAACAAUAAACAUAAAAAGAUUUGAUUUUUCUGAUUUUAUCACAGCCAAAACUUCAAAAGAUCUUUCAGAAUCCCAAAGACAAAAACAAACAGCAAAAAUGUCUCAGUCAAACAUGGUACCAGUGGUUAACAACGGAGAUGGUGAUAACAACGAAAACAACAACGUUAGCAACAACAAUGGUGGAGCUGACAACACUAAUGCUGGAAAUCAUUCUGGAGAUCAAGAACUCGAAAGUGGGAAUACCUCAAGUGGCAAUCAUGGAGAAGGGUUGCGAAACAACCAAGCUCCUCCUCCUAAGAAAAAAAGAUACAAUCGUCACAGCCAAAUUCAGAUUCAGGAGUUGGAAUCUUUCUUCAGAGAGUGUCCUCACCCAGAUGACAAUCAAAGGAACGCACUUAGCGUUCAAUUGGGAUUGGACCCUGUUCAGGUCAAGUUCUGGUUCCAGAACAAACGCACUCAAAGCAAGAAUCAACAAGAACGCUUAGAGAACUCAGAACUUCGGACUGCCAACAACCAGCUUAAGGCUGAGCAUCAGCGGUUACUAGAAGCUAUUCGUCAAGCCUCAUGCCCUAAGUGUGGAGGCAAAACUGCAAUUGGCGAGAUGUGCUUCGAAGAGCACCAUCUUCGCAUCCUCAACGCUCGUAUGACUGAAGAGAUCAAGCAACUUUCCGCCAAAGCGGAAAAGAUAAAAACGAUAACGGGUAAGCCGGUAAUGAGCCAUCCCGGUAUGUCUCCUCCUAUUCCUCCUCCAACUUUCGAGUUCGGGAUGGGAUCUGAUGGAAGAGAUGUGUAUGGAAAUGUCGGAAACCACUCGAGGGAAACCACUGGACCGGCAGAUAAUAAGCCGAUCAUCAUGGAGUUGGCAGUUGGAGCCAUGGAAGAAUUCUUGGUGAUGGCUCAAGUGGCUGAACCACUGUGGAUGGGAGGACUUGAUGGUACUAGCUUAGCUUUGAACUUGGAUGAAUACACAAGAACGUUUCGCAAGGGUCUCGGUCCUAGACUUAACGGGUUUCGAACCGAGGCAUCCAGGGAAACCGGACUCGUGGCAAUGUGUCCUAUUGGGAUUGUUGAGAUGCUUAUGGACGAGAAUCUGUGGUCAACAAUGUUUCUCGGAAUUGUUGGUAGAGCCAAGACUCAUGAACAGAUAUUGGCUGAUGCUGCUGGAAACUUCACUGGAAAUCUCCAAAUAAUGAGUGCUGAGUACCAAGUGCUUUCGCCGCUGGUCUCGACCCGCGACUGCUACUUCGUCCGCUACUGUAAGCAGCAAGGAGAGGGUUUGUGGGCGGUGGUUGAUGUUUCCAUCGACCAUCUCCUCCCAAACCUUCACCUAAAAUGUCGCCGCCGCCCCUCUGGAUGUCUGAUUCAAGAAAUUCAUAGUGGUUACUCCAAGGUUACAUGGGUGGAACAUGUGGAAGUAGAUGACAGUGCAGGAAGGUACAGCAUCUUUAAGCACUUAAUCUGUACUGGUCAAGCUUUUGCUGCUAACCGCUGGGUUGCAGCAUUGGUACGCCAGUGUGAGCGAAUAUCUAGCAUGUUGGCUACAGAUUUUCAAUCCGUCGAUUCCGGUGAUCACAUAACGCUAACGAACCAUGGAAAGAUGAGCAUGCUGAAAAUAGCUGAGCGGGUUGCGAGAAGCUUCUUUAAUGGAUUGACCAGUUCGAUGGGGUCUACAUUUUCUGGUGUUGCUGGUGAGGAUAUCAGAGUGAUGACAAUGAAGAGCGUGAAUGAUCUAGGAAAGCCUCCCGGUAUCAUUCUUUGUGCAGCCACUUCCUUUUGGGUUCCUGUUCCUCCUCAGACUGUCUUUGACUACCUCAGAGAUGAGACUAAUCGAGCCCAGUGGGAUGUUCUCUGCAAAGGAGAGAUGAUGCAGAAGAUAGCAGAGGUUACAAAUGGGAGAGACAAUAGGAACUGUGCAAGUUUACUCCGGAAAGUAAACACUUGCCAGACCAAGAUGAUGAUAGUUCAAGAGACCUCUGCUGAUCCAACAGCUUCAUUUGUGCUCUAUGCGCCUGUUGAUAUGAAAUCAAUGGAGAUUUCUCUCCAUGGAGGUGGUGAUCCUGACUUUGUGGCUCUGCUUCCUUAUGGUUUUGCUAUUCUUCCGGAUGGUACGGGUCAGCCUGGAGGAAACGAAGGAGGAUCACUCCUGACCGUUUCCUUCCAAAUGCUGGUUGAGUCAGGUCCUUCUGGUCAGCUGAGUAUUAGCUCUGUUGCAACCGUUGAGAAUCUGAUUCGUACAACCGUGCUGAGGAUCAAGGCUUUGUUUCCUUGUCAGACUGCUUGAACCACCCCCAUUUCGGUAAUGAAAGUGAGCUUAAUGGAAGAAGGAGAGUGAGUUUGUGUUGAAGAUCGGGUUUUAGAGUUUAUUGGAGAGCUUCAAAAGGGGAGGAGUCAAGAACGAACCUCAAGGAGAUUGGUUUUAGGAGGUUCGGGAUUUGACUUGCCCUGGAAUAUACCCAUUCCAGAUGGAAAAUUAUCCUUUCGUUUGAGUCUUUUAUUUCCUUGUCAUUGUUGGAACCUUUUGCUAUUUCAGUUGAGUCUGUUAUUUCCUUGUCACUGUUGGACUUGGACCUUUUGCUAUUUCAGUUGAGUCUUCUGUUUCCUUGUCAUUGUUGGACUUGGACCUUUUGUUAUUUCAUUUGAGUCUGUUGUUUCCUUGUCAUUGGACUUGGAACCUCUUGUUAUUUCAGUUGAGUCUUCUUCUGAUUCCUAGUCAUUGUUGGACUUGGAACUUAUUGUUAUUUCAAUUGAGUCUGUUGUUUCCUUGUCACUGUUGGACUUGGAACUUUUAUGAAGUUAUUGAGUACUCUUUUUCUCUA